UUAGUGGCAACCCAACUCGACCUUGCGGUCGGUAAUUCGGCACUGUGAGGAUUCCCUCCCCUCCCUCCACCUCCCAUCUAGUCCAUCAGGCUAGCCCUCCGCGGUGCUCUAUUCGCUACUUAAUAUCCAUAUGCCCCAUGAUAGGUAGAUGGCGCAUUGCAGCUUUUUAUUCCAGGUUUAUUUGGUUUCCUCACCCGUUUUGUUUAUGAGUCGACGACCUGACUAGGAACCUAUAUGUCUACACACGGGGAUUUCCAAUCCGUCUGUGCUUUCUCUUCUUCCCUCGCGAUCAAAUCCAAAAAUCUGUAGCUAUAGCAGGGCGCCUUCAUAUAGAGAACAACAUCUCCAGCAUACCUCGGUCCAUCAACUCUACUCCGGAAUCGAUCAUCUCCAACAAACACCCUCCGCGUGUAACAGUUUUGAAUAAAUUCAACGAUCUACCAUCUGUACUCCCUCAUUCCGCCUGACGACAAUCUCGUUUGGUCGUCAUGCCAGAGUCACUUUACCGACAUCCGACUCACGGCGAGAUCGUAGAACUCGCAGCCGCCGAAGGCCACGAUGCAGACAUUCCUACAAAUGCCGGGAGCAUUAACGAUUGCCCUGCGCCGCCAAGCAAGGCUGAAUCUCCGUCCAUGGAGCUUGACAAAGACAUCGAUGUGGAGAAGGGGAACGCAUCUUCGUUGACAAGUUUGGUGGAAAGUCACAGCGGCAGCGAGGCGGCACCAGAGAAGGAUGAAGAAGAACAUCAUGAUCCCAAGAUCGUGUUCUGGGAUGGUCCAGACGAUCCGCAAAAUCCAAUGAACUGGUCCGAGAAGAAGAAAUGGGGCACUGUAACAGUGGUGUCGUGUAUAACGUUCCUUACGCCGCUCGCUUCGUCCAUGUUUGCGCCUGGAGUGCCGGAAGUGAUGAAGACAUUCCACUCGACGAACGAUAUGCUCGAGGGAUUCAUGGUGUCCGUCUAUGUGCUUGGAUUCGCUUUCGGCCCGCUAUUCUUCGCGCCCCUAUCGGAGAUGUAUGGACGGUUGCCUUUGUAUCACACUUGCAAUGUCUUCUUCAUCAUUUUCACCAUCGCGGCGGCCGUGGCGUCGAACAUGAGCAUGUUCAUUGUGUUUCGUUUCUUCAUGGGCUGCUUCGGAGGAGCACCGUUAGUGCUUGGGGGUGGUACUAUCGCAGAUAUCAUACCACGGGAGCAACGAGGUACGGCUAUGGUGGUGUGGAUGAUGGGUCCAACAAUCGGUCCCUGCGUAGGCCCCAUCAUAGGCGGCUACCUCACCGCAGCCCGAGGUUGGAGAUGGAACUUUUGGUUGGUCGCCAUAGUUGCCGGCGCCUUCACCAUAGUCUCCAUGAUCCUCAUGUCCGAAACCUCUGCCCCCGUCCUCCUCGAACGAAAAGCCCGCCGCCUCCGCGCCUCGACCGGCAACGCCGCUCUCAAAUCCAAACUCGACAGCGGCCUCACGCCAAAACAGCUCUUCAAAUUCUCCAUCGUGCGCCCCACGCGCAUGCUCCUGCGCGCCCCCAUCUGCACCGUCAUCUCCAUCUACUGCGCCAUGACGUACGCCUACCUGUACAUCCUCUUCACCACCUUCACCGCCGUCUUCACGACGCAGUACGCCUGGCACGGCGGCGUCGUCGGGCUCUCGUUCCUCGGCCUGGGAGUAGGCAGUUUACUCGGGCAGUGGGUGUUUACGCACUUCGGCAACAAGACGGUCGCGAAGCACAUUGCCCGAGGCGACUUCCAGCCCGAGCAUCGCCUCGGCAUGAUGUGCGUAGGCGGCUUCUUCCUCCCUGUGGGUCUCUUCUGGUACGGCUGGAGCGUGCAGGCUCAGACGCACUACAUGGUUCCCGUCGUGGGGACCGGGGUCCUCGGAUUCGGAUUGCUCAUGACCUUCAUGCCUGCUAGUACGUACUUGGUGGAUGUGUUCACCGUGCAUGCGGCGAGUGCGAUGGCGGCGAGUACGGUUCUGAGGAGUCUGACGGCCGCGCUGAUUCCGCUGAGUAGUCAGCAGAUGUAUGCGAGGUUGGGGUAUGGGUGGGGGAAUUCGCUGCUGGCUUUUUUGAGUGUUGCGCUUGUUCCGAUUCCGUUUGUCUUGAUUCGGUAUGGGGAGAGGAUUCGAAGGAGGACGACGGUGAAGCUGUAGCGGGAAGGGGGGUGGAAAUGGGAGAUCCUCUUUUGCAUUUGCAUAUAGCGUCCUUUGGUGACGAUUGCAUUGUAUCGCAUUCGGCAUGGCAUGGGAUGGUUGGU